AUGGCUGCGAUCCUCGUCCUCGCAGCACUGCGAGCGGGAGAGACCCUCGCCGACCUGCGCAGCCCGCUCAUCCCGCCUCCCGCAGACCACCCAGCUGCGACCCCUUCUCCCGCCUCGUCACGCCCGUCCACCGCUUCGUCCGCCUCGUCGUCACUCUCGAGCUCCCGUCCACCCUUAACAGAACGCUCCCUGCGAGCGUCGCACCUCGCCUGGCUCGUCCGUGUAAGGGACUUGUCGGCCCGACACCUCGCCCUCGUAGAUGCGCGAUCAAAGAACUGGACCAGUUGCUGGGCGGGAAAAGUCUCGAGUCGACACAUCAGGGCGGUCAAGAAGGCUAUCGAGGAGGCGCAGUGGGUCGAGGAGAGGUUGAGGCUUGCGAUAGGGUGGUGCAAGGAGAAGGGGUUGAGGAAGGUGUCUGUCAAGCGGUUGCUUGGCGGGAAAGGGAACCAUGUUGACCGAGGAGACCGCCGUAACAGACUCGCCUACCGACCAACACACACCUCCUUCCCCCCUUCGCUCCUCGACCUCCCCUACCCCCUCCCGCUCGCUUUCGACGCCAACUUCCUCAUCCUCACCGUCCCACGCCCACCGCCCAUCAGUCGACACCGCCGAGCAGAGGAAGACGAAGUCGAGGCGUUGCCGGCCUAUCGGGAGGAAGCGGACCACGAGCUGGGAGAGCGGAUGCUCGAGAGAGGGUUGGCGGAUGUCGUUGUUGGGGGAGUUGAUGUCGAGCAGUAUGAGAGGGAGACGCAUGGGCAGGCUGUGCAGGUCGCAGUCGUUGCUUGA